UCCCUCCCGCUCUGUUGCAUUCAUCCAUUCUCUUAACCCUCCAUCCAUCCAUCCCUCCAUCCACCCAUCUGUCCAUCCACCCAUUCACUCCCAAGGGCGUCACAAGGGAGUGACACAAGACCCGACCGAAAGGCGCAUACAUGUAUGCGCGUGUAUGCGUGAGUCCUCCUUGUAUAUGCGUCUGGUCUGCCCGUGGAUCCGCUGACAUGAGGAGCUGAAACAGAACCGAACAGGAGGAUGAAAAUGCUCCGGUUUCGCAGCCCCAGCAUCCGCUCCCUGGACCAGGAGGUCCUCUGCACGAUCCGGUUACUGGACGACUCCGAGGUCUCCUGCAGCAUCCAGAGAGACACCAAAGGCCAGUUCCUGUUGGACCAUGUGUGUAACCACUACAACCUACUUGAGAAAGACUACUUUGGUAUUCGAUAUGUGGACCCAGAGAAACAGAGGCACUGGCUGGAGCCCAAUAAGCCCGUGGUGAGGCAGAUGAAGUCAGCUCAGCAGCCGUACACGAUGUGCUUCCGGGUCAAGUUUUAUCCCAACGAGCCAAUGAAAAUCAAGGAGGAGCUCACCAGGUAUCUGCUGUACCUCCAGCUGAAGAGAGAUAUCUACCAUGGUCGUCUCCUCUGUCCUUUUGCUGAAGCUGCAUAUCUGGGAGCCUGCAUUGUACAGGCUGAGCUCGGGGACUACGACCCAGAGGAGCACCCAUCAGACUACAUCAGAGACUUCAAGCUGUUCCCUAAACAAUCCCUCAAACUGGAGAGGAAGAUUAUAGAAAUACACAAGAACGAGCUCAGGGGCCAGUGUGCUGCAUUAGCAGAGUUGAACAUGCUCCAAAGGGCUCACAGUCUUGAAACGUAUGGAGUUGACCCCCACCCAUGCAAGGAUUUCACAGGCUCCACAGCCUUUCUUGGGUUCACAGCCACAGGGUUUGUGGUCUUCCAGGGAAACAAGAGGAUCCACCUCCUGAAAUGGAAUGAUGUUAGCAAGCUGAAGUUCGAAGGGAAAACCUUUUACGUUAUUGGGAUACAGAAAGAGAUCUCCUUAACAGGCAGGAUUCACUGUAACAGGAUGUCAUCACUGAAGAAACUGGUGUUGACAUUUCACACCUCAACCCCUGCAGCAUGUAAGCACUUAUGGAAGUGCGGGGUGGAGAACCAAGCCUUUUACAAGUGUGCAAAGUCAAGUCAGAUAAAGACUGUUUCUAGCAGUAACAUCUUCUUCAAAGGCAGCAGGUUCAGAUACAGUGGAAGAGUAGCCAAGGAGGUGAUAGAAGCCAGCUCUAAGAUUCAGAGAGAGCCACCAGAGGUGCGCAGAGCCCAGUUUGGUCAGAGUCGAAGUUUUAACUCUCUGAGCCAUAAAAACCUCAUCAUGAACAUGGAACCGCUGGUACCUGCACUGCCCUCCACCAACGAGUAUGAAGAGACAGCCACAGAUAAUGGUGUUGUUGCUGUGAAGGACUCUGCCCCCUUGUCUCCUCUCAAACCUUCAGCCGGAACUGCAGACACAGAGCAACAAGGUACUGAACGAGGAAACUCUGCUGUAGGCAACGACCUACAGCUUCCCCGUGUUUCCAUGGAAACUUCAAAUCUCCGACCUCAGACGCCCAAAGCUGAAGAUGAAGUGGAGGAAGAUGACGAGGCCAGCGGCCCACUCACCAUUUCUGAGCUUGUCUACAGCCCCUGCGCCAGCAUGCUUCCCACCCCAGUGGACGACAGUCAGGGAGGCGUCGACUUGCUCUUCUCCUCUCCAGUGCAGAGCCCUGCCAGACUGCUGAGGGAGCUCCAUGCAGACCCCGACAUCCAGGCCCAGCUGGAGGCUGAGAGGGAGCGAGAUCGGGCCUAUGAACGCACCAGACUGGCUGCUAGAAGUCGAAUGGGUGGGGUCCUGAGCAGCAGCCUGCGCCUGCUGUCGUCCAAUGAGAGAGUCAACGCAUGUGUGCUGAGCGUGGCCCGCUUUGUUGCCGUGGUAAUGGGCGUCCUGCUCGUCACUGUACCCACACUGCUGCUACUGCUGGAGUCAGACAUCGACGUGUCGUUCCUCCACGAGAUCCGCCAGACGCCAGAGUUUGAGCAGUUUCACUACGAGUAUUACUGCCCGCUUCGGCGCUGGAUCCUGUGUAGGAUCAGCAUGGCCAUGGAGAACAUCUGGUCAGACUGAAGAGGAGAAGGAGGAGAGGGGAAAGGAGAGAGUGAGGAGUCACAAUUAUGCCCAAAUGUCUGUCUUAACAUGUAAUUUCAUCUUAUAUUCAGUCUUAACAACUGGUGUUUCUUGACAUAAAAAGAGCCAGUCUGCCAAUGGGAUGAAAUGAAUUCCCUUGUUAAAGAGUGAAUUCAAUUUAUUUUAUAAGCGGGUACACAAAACUGUAGUAGGGUUUACUAUAAAUAGGCCUCAGAUGGAAACACUAUCAGAGUGAGGACGUCUCUGUUUGAGUUACAUUGAAACAAGUACAUUUGUUUCACCUGUUUGGCAGCAUAAUUUACUGUCUCGAAGAAGAGAGAAAUAAGAUUUUAAACAUAGGAUCCAAUCACUUGUUAAGAUAGACACUUCUGGCGGUGAUGAACUGAAAAGAAAGAGGACAAGAAAAGCUGCAAGUGCUCAAGAGAGAACCUGUGGAAGGGAGAGAUUGCCAUGGUCAGAGAAAUAGUCACAACAAGAUUCGAAAAAAGUGGUUGGUUUGGUAUUAAUAGAAGUUUUAAUGGUCUGUUCACUCCUGACGCUGACAAGCUGAUGCAAAGACUCUUUGGUUAAUAUCACCAACCAUUCUGAUUGGUUCUCGCCCUCAGAGCAGAGCACCUGAUUGGUCCCAGAGCCUGUCAGUCAUGACGGAGUGGGUGGGGACAGAAAGAGAAAUGAUUUAUUUGUCACUGAACGCAACAAUAGCCACAGUCAGAGGUACAAUAUAUAUAUUUAAAAAGAAAAGAGAAAUAUUGAUAAUUAAUACCGAUCUUAAAUAAGUUGUUUUUAACGUUUUGUACAUUUUUAUGUGAUCCAGAACUUUCAGGAAUUUUUCAGUCAGAGGAUCUACUUUGAGCUUAUUUUGAAAUUAAGAGUUUACAAAAGAUUACAAAAAAAAGCAAAUUUAUUGAAGUUUAUCGGGGUGAUGGGUGUUGAGAAAAUUUUAAACUAUUUUUUAAGACUACCGUCAGCGUUUGUUGACCCGGUAGCACCCUGGGUUUUUCCUACAGAGGCUAUAGCACAAAUAUUUUACACAGACCACAGAUUACAGCUGUUUCAGAUUAUGUGAUGUCAUUUUGGAAACAGGAGGGCGGCAACAGAGAAACUUUAGUCUGUUUGUGAUGAUGUGUUUUUGUUGAACUUCUAAACGUCUUCAGAGCUAAGUGUAAGCUCACUAAUCAAGGCAUCUUUUAGUGUGCUUUAAGAGAGUUUUAACAUAAACCGUAUAGGGGAGAAAAGAUUAUUUGUAGGCUUAUGAGAAGAAGUGGAAAAUAGUAUUGUUCGUCGAUGGUGUGGAGCUCUGUAUGUGUUUCAGAGGGAUUUGAAGUGAUGAUGCAUUCAAAAUGCCACAGAGGAACAGGUGUCCAACCACACUGCUGGUACGUGACACACGAUUGGACAAGUGAUGCGUUUAAUGGUCUAAAUCUCUCAGACAGGUUGCUCUUUGGUCGUUGAUGUUUUGAUCAGACCGAAUGAACAUGGUAGGAGUACAGUUGCAGGUAUUUAACUUCAGAUCAGCAUUCAUGUCACAAAUCAAAUUUGAAAUGAUUUGUAGCCAUUUCCAAGAGGAUCUGUGAUGACAUUAUGUUGAGCAUCCUGUGUUUAUCAUUUUAAUGACUGCAACUGUUUACACCCUUAAACAGAGUACAGGACGGUAAUUUUCUCAUUUUUACGUCAGUGACCGACAAGUCAGGAGUUGUGGGUGGGGAAUACGUUUCAAAGUUUAAGUAGAUAUAAAGAUGUGUUCAUUGACAUUCACUGUUGAUAUGGUUGAGGUUCCUAAAAAGUCUGGAGUCAAAGAAUAACAAUAUCAAACAUAAAACUGAGAAAGGAUGCAAAAACAAAAUUAAAAACCAUCUGUUUGGUACAAAAAAUUAGAACAAAGAAUGAACUUUACAUUGUCACUUUAUACAGUUAAUUUGUGUCAAAAUAUGUUGGGCUUUGUUUUACAGUAUAUCAUGUUGUCUAUUUUGACAUUACACAAAGGUCACAGUGUGAAACUGAGACGUAACCUUGUGACUUAAUCAGACCUGAAGCUCUGAUGAGAAAAGCAUCAGUCACUUUUGGGAACUGACAGCCAUCGCCAUGUGAUUGUUCAUCGUACAGACAGUGCCUGUCAGUUGUAGUAUAGAGUGGCUUUGAAUGGAGAGGAGAACAGAGAGGUGCAGCAGUGAGAAAUGACUUCAGAUCAAAUGAAAACAGAUGUUUUAUUUUAAAAAAAAAAGGUUUUGUUCAAGAUGUAGUUCGAUUUGGAUCAACUUCUCAGGAAAGGGCAUUAGCAGUUUAUGUUCAAAAUACAAAUAUAUGUCUAAAGAAAUACAGAAAAUAUAUAAAAAUAAAGAAUAUCACAGCAUACACCAUAUAGUUUAUCCAUAACAUGCAUACAUGUCUUGCUAUUAUGAAUAUCCAAACACUGUAUGUAUUCAUACUGAG